AUGAGAUCGGAACCCACCAGUGCACCAGGAAACGCCACCCUGGGGCUCAUACUUCAGGCGUGUGCCUCGGUCACACGCCACCCACCCUAUGAUGAGAGCAGAGUGGUGGUGGUGCUGGUGUACAGCGCUGUGUGCAUACUGGGCCUGCCGGCCAACUGCCUAACUGCGUGGCUGACGCUGCUGCAGGUGCUGCAGGGAAACGUGCUGGCCGUCUACCUGUUCUGCCUGUCACUCUGUGAGCUGUUCUACAUCGGCACGCUGCCGCUCUGGAUCAUCUACAUCCAGAACCAGCACAAUUGGACCCUGGGUCCACAGGCCUGCCGAGUGACUGCCUACGUCUUCUUUUGCAACAUCUACAUCAGCAUUCUUCUACUGUGCUGCAUUUCCUGCGACCGCUACCUGGCGGUAGUCUACGCUCUGGAGAGCCGAGGCCGCCGCCACCAGAAGACGGCCAUCAUUGUUUCUGUGUGUGUGUUUGUUCUCGUGGCACUUGUCAACUACCCAGUGUUUGACAUGAAAGUGGAACGCUCCUGCUUUGAGCCCCUGGGGAUGGAUGGUAAGAUAGCCAACUACCAUUACCUGCGUUUUACCUUUGGCUUUGCUGUCCCUCUUGGCAUCCUUGCAUUCACCAAUCACCGGGUUUUCAGGAGCAUCAAGCUCAGCAUGAGCCUGAGCGCGGCACAGAAAACCAACGUGAAGCACUCAGCCAUCGCGGUCGUCACCAUCUUCCUGGUCUGCUUCGCUCCAUACCAUGUGGUGCUCCUCAUCAAAGCUGCCAGCUUCUCCUUCUACCGAGGAGACAGGCUCGCCGUGUGUGAAUUUGAAAGAAGACUAUACACAGCCUCUGUGGUGUUUCUGUGCCUGUCCACAGUCAAUAGUGUGGCUGACCCCAUCAUCUAUGUGCUGGCCACAGACCAUUCUCGGCAAGAAGUGUCCCGAAUCCACACAGAGUGGAAAAAGUGGUCCACAAAGACAGAUGUCACAUACUUAAAGGACUCUGAGGAGAUACGCUCACCCACAGCUCUCACAAGCACCUAUACCUUCCCUGACCCCGUGCACCUUCCAGGAUCACAGCCAGCCAAACUGGGCGUACUGUGUACGCCAGAGAGACUGCCUGAGGAAUUCUGCUAAGCCCCACUCUUCCUCAGGGGAGGAUGCUAAGCC